UUAUUCUAUUUAUAAUCAAAUGGAGCAUAGAGUCGAGAUUUCAUUCAUAAAGAUUAAAACCUACUUGCACCGUGCGCCGAAAACUCGCUAAACAAUCAUUAAUAAUCGCUUGCAGUGAUUUUAAAAAUGACUUCAACGAGACGACCAUUCAUUUCUGCUUUUUGUAAACAAAUUCAUUCAGUGUUGGUUCGACCGCGAUAAUGUCGGACGUAAGCAGCCGCGAGUUUUUCCUAAUUUUAAUAUUUAAUGUGUUAAUUUGUAAGGUUACUAGCGAUUGCGUGCUAUCACUUAACAAAGACUUCAGCAGUCCAGGGCCGGUGUUCAUCAAGAAUGGGGACUUUCUGGAGGUCAAUACUGCUAACGGGAACAUCACCAUGGGAAGAUCAGAGGUCGUGACGGUCGCUUGCCCUGGACAUAAUCGGAAGGUCGUGUUGGGGACCGUUACUAUGCCUUAUGAUACCAUGGAGGCCCACUGCAUGGUAGACAAAACUUUCCGAGUAGACCGGCGUAUACUCACAUUUAAGGAGAUUAAGUGCAACACUCAGCCUUGGUUUACCGCCCAAGAAUACCCUGAGACCUGCCAUGAACACAGCAGCAUGAUAUAUCAUGUCGGCUACAAAGUGAAGAAUUCGUUCCACACGAUCUAUGAAGCUUGUUUUGACAAACGGCUGCUAAGAACGCACUACGUGAAACAUCGCUUGACUCCACUAAGUAUUUACAAACAGCAUGGCCUAACUAGACCCGCUUUUAUAGACGGCAAUUUGUUCAGGGGAGUCAAAAUGAAUGAAAUCUACAAAUUCAACAAUCAGAAGACGUCUUUGGACGCCAUAUUGGGGCACUCCAUGUCCGGACAUUAUUUAACCAAAAAGCAGUUUCUAUCUCGAGGACACCUAGCUGCGAACGCGGACUACCCAACAAGCGCACUCAUUCGAGCCACCUUCCACUACGUUAACAGCGCUCCGCAGUGGCAGAGAGGCAAUGCUGGCGACUGGGCUGCGCUGGAAGAGAGCCUACGUCGCCGAGUAAACGCUCUAAACACGACAGUCAUAGUGUACACCGGUACUCACGGCAUCAUGACUCUCCCCAACCGGUCGGGUCACAUGAAGGAGGUGUACCUUCACAUCGACGAGAAUAACAACCCAGAUGUGCCUGUUCCUAUGUAUUAUUAUAAGCUGGUCUACGACCCAAUAAGAAAACUAGCAGCGGUGUUCAUAACCAUAAACUCUUCGUUCUACAACGAUAAGGUUCUAAACUCCUUGGUAUUCUGUCAAGAUAUUUGCGAGCACAACCGAGAGUUCUCAUGGCUAAAAUGGCGGGCGAAUGACGGCACGUUCAGUUUCUGCUGUGAUUACAAGUCGUUUGUUGAAGAAGUCGAUUAUUUGCCGAAGUUAGAUGUUAGAGGGAGAUUCCAUUGAAUUUGUGCAUAAAGAUUUUUGUAAUUAAUACCUGAUAAGUAGUAUGUUUGGCUGAUUUUUGAAAGUGGAUAACUUGAGCUUUAUAUUUCUAUGUUUUUUUCAUUUAUAAACAUUUUUAACCGACUUCCCAGAAAGAAGGAGGUUCUCAUUGUAAUUUUCUAUAUCUCUCAUCUGUAAACGUUUAGUUAAAAUGACGGUAACACUAUUGGUCGUUCUCAAGUUUUUAUCUCUCUGUAUUUUAACAUUAGCCCAACACAAAUAAGAGUAUCCAAGAUAUCGUAUUUUUUGUACAUUUGACAGCUGACAAUUUUCAAGGGAAAAUGUUUUUUUUUUACUGUGACAGUAUUGUUAACUCCACCAAAAAACGGUCUGACCUGACCGUAAUGUAAAAUCUCUAGUAAGCUCUAGUAACAAUAGAUAGAUAGAAUAUUGGGAACGUUCAUAAGACAGUGGCGUAUUUUUACCAGUUUUCAACAUAGUAAGUAGCUAUUUUAAUUAUUGAUCAUUUGAUGUAAUUUACAAAAGAAAUAAUAAAAUAUACGUAGCGACUUGUAAG